UUUGAUAAUAAUUUCUCAGAUUUUUGGUCAAAUUGCGGAUUAUAUUAUUGAUUAGGUUUGUGAUCGAUUUACUGGAGACAUUAAUUUACUCAAAUCGUCGUAAACGCUCUGCAAUUGCAAUUGGGUAAUUUUUUUGUUAUAGGUAUUAUAAAACUCGGCUUUCAAAGCGCACAGAACGUGCAGGCUCAUUAAAGAAAUUGAGUUUAUUCAGAAACGGCGGAAGUUGCUCGCUCGCUCUUGGAGUCAGUUUCCUGCGGAAUCCAACCCUAAUAGAAACAAAGAGGAACGAGGAUUAUCUGGAAAUCGUUGUCAACAGUCCGCGAUUGGCGCAACUUCUGGAAGCGGAGCUAGAGGCUCGUUUUAGUGGAAGCUAGAAACCGCUGCUUGCCGGAAAAUUGAGCCGCCGGAAAUGUGGAAGCUCCGGUCAGUCUUUGCCUUGUUUUUGCCUCUCCUGCUUUGCUCGUUGCUAGAUUCAGUUGCUGCUCAAAGAUCCAACAGUAAAUGGCAAACACUUAGCGGGAAUGCGCCGUUGGUUAUAGCAAGAGGUGGCCUGUCAGGGAUAUUCCCCGAUUCGAGCUUUUAUGCGUAUUCGGUAGCAGUUCAGACUGGCUCGGGGGACUUGAACGCAUGGUGCGAUGUUCAGCUAACGAAAGACGGGGCCGGUAUCUGCUUCCCGGAUAUAAUGCUCCAGAACUCGUCCAACAUCGACAUUGUCUUUCCCGAUCGGCAGGCCACCUAUGAUGUCAAUGGAGUUUCGAUGCGAGGAUGGUCAUCUGUGGAUUUCACGCUCGACGAGCUCGCAAAUGUUAGCUUGAAGCAAAGGAUUUUCUCCCGGCCGCCUAAUUUUGAUGGCCUGCCAAUUCUUACCGUCGAUGGGUUAGCUGACAGAGUAAAACCACCUCGACUGUGGUUGAAUGUAGCGCACGACGUAUUUUUCGCUCGGCACAAUCUGAGUAUGAGGACGUUCGUUCUUUCUAUAUCCAGAACGGUAAUUGUGGAUUACAUUUCGUCGCCGGAGGUGGGCUUCUUGCGUGGUGUCGUGUCGCGAUUCAGACCGACCAGGACAAAGCUCGUGUUCCAAUUCCUGGGAACCGACGACGUGGAGCCAACGACCAACCAAACGUACGGUUCACUCUUGAGAAAUCUGACAUCGAUCGGAACUUUUGCAGCGGGGAUUCUUGUUCCUAAAUCUUACAUAUGGCCCGUCGACAACACACAGUAUCUUCUGAAUCAUACGUCGCUUGUGCUCGACGCACAUAGAGCAGGCCUCGAAGUCUUUGCGUAUAACUUUGCCAAUGACGCAGCCUUACCGUAUGAUUUCAGCUUCGACCCCGUCUCCGAGUAUCUCUCCUUUAUCGACAAUGGUGAGUUCUCGGUAGAUGGAGUGCUCUCCGACUUCCCCAUCACUCCAUCCGAAACCAUAGAUUGCUUCGCUCACAUGGGCAAGAACGAUACGGUACAAGCGAAAGUUUUGAUCAUCUCGAACGAGGGCGCUAGCGGGGACUAUCCGGGGUGUAGCGAUAAGGCAUACGAGAAAGCUGUAUCGGACGGUGUGGAUGUUCUCGACUGCCCGGUUCAAAUGUCAAGCGAUGGGAUACCGUUCUGCUUGGGAUCCAUUAACCUUAGGGACCGAACAAAUGUUGCGCAGUCGGACUUCGGAAGCUUCACGGAGAAUAAUCCCGACCUCAACAUCACAAACGGCAUCUUCGCCUACAACCUCACUUGGAGCCAAAUCCAGACCUUGAAACCUGCAAUCUACAAUCCUUACACAAAUUACUCGCUCUUCCGGAAUCCGAGAGCCAGAAACGACGGCAACUUAAUGCAGUUAUCCGAUUUCUUGGGAUUCGCCAACAAUGCAUCUUCAGUCUCCGGUGUCUUAAUCAGCAUCGAGAACGCGGCGUACCUUGCGCAAAAACAGGGACUAGGCAUCACCGACGCUGUCUCGGACGUUCUAAACAAAUCCCAGACGACGAAGAAGGUCAUGAUCAGAUCGAGUGACAGUGCUGUGCUGUCCAAGUUAAAGAGCAACAGCAGCAGCAGCAAUUACGAGUUCGUGUACCUGGUCGACGAGAACGUCCGCGACAUUCUGAACUCGACCAUUUUGGAGAUCAAGAAAUUCGCAAGCUCUGUGGUCAUCUCCAAAGCUUCCGUCUUCCCCGUCGACCUUCUAUUUUUGACGGGCGAGACGAAUAUCGUGCCAAAGCUACAGGCCUUUAAUCUCUCUGUGUACGUGCAGUACUUCCAGAACGAGUUUGUGUCUCAGCCUUGGGACUUCUUCUCCGAUCCGUACGUCGAGAUCAACACUCACGUCAAUUACAUGGGGAUCGACGGAAUCAUUACUGACUACCCUGCAACGGCUGCAAAAUUCCGACGGAACCGAUGUUUAGGGUACAAAGAGAUACCGCCUUACAUGUCUCCGGUACAACCGGCAGGUCUCGUUUCACUUAUGGCGAAGCAGGCCUUGCCUCCGGCGCAGCCUCCGAGCCCGGUGCUGACGGAAAAUGAUGUGGCUGAGGCACCUCUGCCGCCAGUGGUGGCGAGGACGCCUGCCAACAGCGGGAACGGCACGACAGCCCCCGGCCCCACUGCCCCGAGCGGGCAGCCGGCGGUGGCUGCCGGCGCCGCCGUGGCCGUGAUAGGUUUUGUUCUUGCAGGCUGUGUUCUUUGGUGAUGAGUAUGAGAAUUGAAUGGAUGGGUUCUUUGUGGUGAAUUUGGUUUUUUUUUUUUUUUUUUUUUAAAUGAAUGAAGAGAUGAGUUGGGGAUGUGUAAUUUAUGAUUGAUUCUUUGUAAUUUUACUAAGUUUCAACU